CAUUGGUACUUUCCUAAACUAUGUUGUCUCCUCCAUCUGAGGUGAACUCCAACAGUGAAGCUCCUCCGAUCGUUGUUGCUGAUUCUCUGCAAUUUCCAUCGUUGUUGUUCCACCUCAAGCAAGAUAACCUUCCACUUAUUGUUUAUCUGUUGUUGUUCUGGUCGAAAUCUCAAUAUCCCACUCUUCUUCAUGAUUUUCCUCUUCUUGUUAGUACUGUGGUUGAUUCCCAAAUCGGAGCUCUCCUACAAAUGAUCAAGUGUUCUUUUGCUCAAACCCUCUUGUAUUCGCUCCGGAUUGGAACUCUAGUUGUGAUAAGCUCGUUGUUGGAUUGCUUGGAUGACUUGAGGUUCAGGUAGAAAGGUGGACGAUCUGCACUCUAGGUUGUUGUUCAGCUGUUAUUGGAGCACUUCUCUUGUUCCAAAGUUGCUGUUGUAUUUUUCAUAUGUUAUAUUUUUGUGUGCAUAUGGGUAUGGCGGAGCCCUGUCCCGACAUUUUUAUAUCAUAUACUCUAGUAGAGGCUUGUAGAUAGUUAUGGUCCUUGUAGAUAGUCAUGGUAUAGUUAGACUUUAUAUGGCUCUUCGGCCCACAUUUUUGCUGUAUAGUAUUUCACGAUGCCCUUAUCGGCUUGCAUAGUUUUUG